CCACUUAAAACUUAUCGUCUCCUCCUCGUAAGAAUAAAACCUACUUGCUCUAUAAAUUUAAGCUUCAAGAAACCUCCAAAAGCUGAGAAAUGAUCAACGCGUUAAAGUCCAUCCGAUCACUGCCCUCGAAUACCGUCUAUUUCUUCUCACCGCCGUCUCGAUUAGGCCGGAAAGUCACUGGAGUUAGUUUUGCCACCGCUUCUGAUGAUCAGCAAAAGAUGGAUAAAAAGCCUGAAAACCCAAACGAGAAAACCGGUGACGUGAUGUCGCAUUCGUACGGAGAAGGGUACGCAACGAGGUGUGAUGAAGAAGGGUUUGGAGGAACCUAUGGAGGAAAUCAAACACUUCAAAAGGAAAACGAGAUCCAUGAGAAUCACCCUGAUUAUGACAAAACUCAAGGUAGCGAAGCUAAGGAGAAGGAGAAAGCAAGGAACCAGACACAAUCUCACUGUUGAAGAAAAAAUGAUUUAGUUUGUUGUUCUUAUACUUCAAUAAAUCAGGCUUAUGCUCUGUAGUUUGUAGACUUUGGUUUGAGUAUUUUAAUUGCGUUUUUUGACCCGUAACCUUUACCGGGUUUUUUUUGGGUUAUCCUUAUGUAACACUCGUUGAAUUAGUAGUUUUUGUUGAUUAUUGAACUUUUUCCCUUGA